GCAGUGCUUGGUGCCUCCUCUCUAUGUCACCCCUCCUCCCAUGAUGCCCCUGUCCUGGUGGCUGAGAUCUAUGGGGGUCUUCUUGCUACCAGCCCCCCGCUGGGUGCCCCGGGAGAGGCGGCUGGGUCCCCUACUGCCGCCCUCCCUGGUGUACCAGGGCUCAGUCCUGGGGGCCUGGCACAGUGCCCGCUGCUGGUGCCAAGCAUGGACAGAGGAGCCUCGAGUACCUUACUCCUCUCUCAGAAUGGAUGGCGAUCAGAAAUUGGAUGUUUAUGACCAAAAAAUGAAGGUUUUCAUCCAGCACUUCUCCCAGAUUGUCAAGGUGGUGACUGAGGAUGACAUGGGGCAUCUAGAAAUAGGAGAUGCUAUAGCCCGUCUAAAGGAGAGCCUGGAGUACAAUGUUGUCGGAGGCAAGUACACUAGGGGCAUGACUGUGCUGACAGUGCUACAGGACCUGGUGGCACCGAGAGAGCUGGACGCUGCCCGCCUCCAGCAGGCCCUGACUGUGGGCUGGUGUGUGGAACUGCUCCAAGCUUUCUUCCUGGUGUCAGAUGACAUUAUGGAUUCAUCCCUCACCCGACGGGGACAGAUCUGCUGGUAUCAGAAGCCAGGCAUAGGUUUGGAUGCCAUCAAUGAUGCUAUGCUUCUGGAAGCAUGUGUCUACCGACUGCUGAAGUUCUGCUGCCGGGAGCAGCCCUAUUACCUGAACCUGAUCGAGCUCUUCCUGCAGAGUACCUAUCAGACUGAGAUUGGACAGACCCUGGACCUCAUCACAGCCCUAAAAGGCAACGUGGAUCUUGGCAAAUUCACUGAAAAGAGGUACAAAUCUAUUGUCACGUAUAAGACAGCUUUCUACUCCUUCUACCUUCCUGUAGCUGCUGCCAUGUAUAUGGCAGGCAUUGAUGGGGAGAAGGAACAUGCCAAUGCCAAGAAGAUCCUGCUGGAGAUUGGGGAGCUCUUUCAGGUUCAGGAUGAUUACCUUGACCUCUUUGGGGACUCCAGUGUGACAGGCAAGAUUGGUACUGACAUCCAGGACAACAAAUGCACCUGGCUGGUGGUUCAGUGUUUGCAACGGGCCUCUCCGGAACAGCGCCAGAUCUUGCAGGAGAAUUAUGGGCAGAAAGAUGCUGAGAAGGUGGCCCGGGUGAAGGCGCUGUAUGAGGAGCUGAAUCUGCCGGCUGUGUUUUUGCAGUAUGAGGAAGACACUUACAGCCACCUUAUGGGACUCAUUGAGCAGUACUCACAGCCCCUGCCCCCAGCCAUCUUCCUGAGGCUAGCGCACAAAAUCUACAAGCGGAAAAAGUGACCUAGAGACUACCAGGAUAGGGCGGGGAGGUUCUCGAUUGAUACCGUGGCUCCCCACUUAAUGUCAUCAAUAGGUUCUUAGAUACUGUGACAAAAUUUUGCCAUUGGCUAAUUUAUGUGGACAAGAGUUAAUUUCCUAGAGCUUAUUUCUGGUCACAAAAAUCCACCCAACAAUAUUAAUAUUAAACACUGAAAUGUGAGCUGUACACACAUUUAAGGAAUGAAUAAAAACAGGUAAGAUUAUUUUCCAAGUCACUUAUUCCAGUUAAGUGUUGCGGGUGACAGGAACCUAUCUGAGCAGUGCAAUGUGGGAGCCAGCCCUGGACAGGAGGCCCUUCUAUCACAGAUCCUAUUCAAGUGACUUAGACAUGAAUUCUCACCUGCAUACCUUUGGGAUGUGAGAAGAAAAAUGGGUUCUGAGAGAAAACCCGGAUAAGGGAAGAACAUGCAAGCUUCACACUCCAUCCGCGUGGAAUAGAUUUUCUAAACCUAAGGAAAUGAGGGUGAAUAAAAUGUUAUUCC